UUUCAACAUAACCUAAAAAUGUCUACCCAGGGCUAGCAAAAAACAACAAUCUUUUUCCAAAGAAAGUUUUUUAAUUAUUGGUAAAUUGUUUAGGAAAUUUAAUUUGAAAUACCUCAACAAUGGAAGUAGAUACGGAAAAUUUCAAAACAGAGCCAGAUAAUCCUUCUAAACUAAAAUGCAAACUUGGAAUUUUGACUAGACCGGAUGGUUCUGCAUUAUUUUGUGAAGAAAACUCAGCCAACAAAAUUAAAACAACAUGGGAUACAAUAAUAACAAACAUACAAAAAAAGCCCUCAAAAUUAAAAGAAAACCUGGAACUGGAAAUAGAUAUUAGAAAAAUUACUGGUCCAACUCAAGUCGCAAACCAUUUUGCUCAGUUUUACCAAACAAUUGCACAAAAACUCACGGAAAAAAUUAAAAGCAAAAAAACACAUACUGAAUUCUUAAAAAAUGUUAAAGUUAAUCUAAACCGUCCAUUUUCAUUCAAGGAGGUCCCCGAAAAAGAAGUCGUUCGGAUAACUAAAAAAUUAUUAUCAAAACCUAGUUCUGGAUAUGACGAAAUACCUAUUACAGUUAUAAAAAAUACCAUAAACAUACUUAGAAAGCCAAUAACUUACUUAAUAAAUCUCUCAUUAAAAUCUGACCACAAAGAACAUCCUUUGACCAUCUUUUGCAACCUAUCAAAGGCGUUCGAUUGUGUCGACCAUAAUAUACUCCUUGAAAAAUUGGAAUUCUAUGGCAUUACCAAUAACUGGUUUUUUUCCUACAUCCAUGGCUGGCAAAUUUUUGUUGAAGUCGGACAAAAUGUCAAUAAUAAUUUGGAACAAAUACAGUCAACGUUGAGGCCACUUACAUGUGGCGUAACCCAGGGAUCUAUAUUGGGACCACUAUUAUUUUUAUUAUAUGUUAAUGAUCUUGAAAUCAACUUUCCAUCCGCUUUAUUUACACUUUUCGCUGACGAUACCAGCAUUACUUUACGUGAAAAGCUCCUGAACGAUCUUCAGACAGAAGGUAAACAGCUGCUAGAUGAGAUAAAUGAUUGGUUCGCGGCAAACAAGCUGGUCCUCAAUGUUGACAGAACAUUCAACAUGCUUUUUCAACCCAACAAAAAGAUUGGAGAACUUAACAUUGCCACUGAAAAUGGUAGUGUUACUUCUCAACAACAUCUAAAAUUUCUUGGAGUAUACAUUGAUAACGCACUGAACUGGAAAAACCAUACCUCCUCACUGAACAAAUCUUUGAGUAGUGCAAUCUAUGCUAUUAGAACUGCAAAACAGAAUAUUGGCAGGGAAGUAGCAAUGACUGUCUACUAUGCAUAUUUCUACAGCCUUUUACAAUAUGGUGUGGAAUUCUGGGGCAUUUCUGUUGGGGCAAAAGACACCUUUCUUCUCCAAAAACGAGCCAUUCGUGCCAUAUUUUCUCUUGGAAGGUUGCAAUCUUGUAGAGCCUAUUUUAAAGAUAACAAAAUUUUCACUUUGACAAACCUUUACAUCUACAGGACUGCAAUUUUAAUGUUUAAUGAAAGGGAAAACUUGACAAUGCACUCAGACAUUCACACCUACUUCACAAGAGGUAAUGGUGCUUUUCUGCCGCCAAACUUUACUUUAGAAGUAAAUAGAAGAGGUCCCAGUUACAUGGGCAUAAAAAUUUUAAACAACUUACCGCGAGAAUCAGCAGUAAUUGCAGCUAUAUAUGGCCCAGUCGAAGUAAAAACCCAAAGGAUUCUUAUGGAAAAAGCAGUUAUAGAAUGCUAUUAUAGGCCUAAAGCAGGUUUACCAGGAGUACAAGACAGAUUUAGAGAAUCAAUCAUAAAAAACAUUUGCGAAACUGCUUUGGCUGCUUCUUUGUAUCCGAGAGCUGCCAUUGUAUUGAACUUGCAAGAGAUGCAAAAUCGUGGACAGUUAAUUUCCUCAGCAAUAAACGCAACUUGCCUAGCCUGUCUAGACUCUGGCAUAGACAUGAAAUUCAUUUUUGCUGCAGUUUCUUGUUUCCUGACCCAAACUGAAGAAUUCAGUUUUAUUCCACCGAUAAACGAAAACAACUCAAGGGGGAUGUUUGUGUUUGUUUUUAAUAAUACAAGCGGAAGCAUUUUGGCUUCGCACACAGAAGGCUGUUUUAGUGUAGAACAAUAUCGACGAGCUUUGAGUUUGUGUAGGGAGGAAAGUAAAAAUAUUUUUGGUUUUAUUAAGACAGCUUUGUUAGCGGUGGAUAAGCUACAAUAAAAAACAAUGUGCAUAUUUUUUAGUUUUAUGUCCUCCUAUAUGUUGCGGGUUGAGUUUUUGGCCAGCGAAAAUGUUAUAAGCUGAUUUGUAGUUUAUUUUCCCCUAUAAUUGUUGCAAUUGAUCCUAAGACCUGAACUUAAAAAAACUCAAUAUACAAAUAUGAUUUUAUUAAAUUGUCAAUUAGUAAAUCAUUCUACAGAUUCAAAAAAAUAAUUAUACAAAACAGAAAUACUUCUAAUUAUAAACAUAAAAUGUACUCAAAUAAUUAUAAAACAUAAAACUCAAUUUUUUUUUCGUUUCAAAUUAGGCAUAACAGGUGGUGGUACAGGUAACUUAAGACUAAUGCUAUUCUUAUUUUUGGAAGAACCGCUGAAACCCAAAUUCCUGGCAAACUCUUGCAUUUUUUUUAUCCCGGUUUUUAUGUCUUUGGAUAUCAUUUCCAAAUCCAAUUCGUGGUCCAUUGCUAGCAUCAGCAAUACAAUUGUGUAGCAAAGGCCUUUGUCUUUCAUUGUAAUUGGUCUUGUACUGGAAAUAAAAACGUUAAUUAUUUGUGAUUGAUAGAAUAGUUUCUUACUUAUUGACCAUGUAGUUGUUUUUGAUAUGUUUAUCCACUUCGCUGGAGCAAUCACAAGAGAUAAAUUUUUUGGUCAUAUUUUUCAGGGGUGUGAUCAUAAAUUUCACCAAAUAGUGAACAUACAAUAAAAUUUUACAUUUUUCAACCACUGUUCUUUCAGGCUGAGAAGCUCUUAAGUCCAGCAUCAGUUUUUCUACUGUUGGCAAAAGUCUAGAAAAAAAAAAACAGUUUUGGUAAUCGAAUAAAAUGUUUUGACAACUUACUCAAACUCUUUGAAAUCAUCACUUUCCAAAAUUUCAAUAACUUUUUCUUCAAGGGUAUCAAGUACUUCUUGAGGUACCAAAUCUUGCAGCUGGUAAACUUGAUCUUUGCUGGAAGCGUCUCUAUUAAUUUUUGGUUUGUAUAAACUAUCGCCAUCGCCGUUCAUAGUGGUUGGAAUUUCAGAUAUAGUGAC